AUGCCCCCGCCGGCACCAGCCGUGCUUGGCGCCACCAUGCUUGGCGUCUCCGUGACGGAGAUCACCACUGCCCCACUGGGCAACGUGCGCGUGCAAUACAACCACUACAACAGCGAGUUUACGCUCGUGCACGGCGCGGGAGGCCUGACGGCGCGGCUCGCGUGGGCGGCGGUCGACGCAGAGUAUUGCAUUGGCUACGUCUUCCGAGGCGACCCGGCUGUGCGGCUCGUCGAGGCAGGCGGAGCGGCCAUCGAGCGAGACGCGGACGGGUACUUUGACGGGCUGACGGCGGAGGCAGCGUACGUGCUGCAAGUGGCUGAGGAUGAAGCGGCCGAGGCGGCCGCUCCCAGACGCAACGCUCCCUACCGCGGGCCGAGCCAUCCAGAGGAGCAGACCCGGGGAGUCAGCCGGGCGAGCGCUGCCCUGACGGAAGAGCUCAAGAAGCUGUCGUUGGAGGAGCUCGCGGCGCAGUCGGAUCGGUACAGGGCUUUGAGGGAGGCGCGCGAUCUAGAGGACUGCGUCUUUGCGGCGGGGUGA